AUGAAUAUUAUCUUGGAACAUAUUGAAGAUGGAGUUACGAUUCCUCACAGAACCUAUCUAAAAACUCAUGCUGAGUUUUCUGAUGAGGAUAAUGAGUUGAUUCAACUGGACAUGAAUCUACAGCUCAUUCUGAUUGAUUCUUUGGAUCGUGUCAUGUACAAUAAUGUUGUUAAUUGUACUAGUGCAAAACAAAUAUGGGAUACCUUGCAAAUAAUCAACGAGGGAUCUGAGGAAGUCCGGGAAAACAAGAAGGAAAUUCUUGUGGCUCAAUACGAGCAAUUUGGUUCCAAUCCCGGAGAAGGGAUUUCUGAAGUAUUCAUUAGAUUCAACAAUUUGAUAAACAAUCUGAAUCUGAACGGGAAAUACUAUGACAACAAAGAGGUCCAGAUGAAACAGAGAUACGGAUGGGGAAAGACGAUCAACGCGUCUACAUCUGUCAGCAAUUCUACUGCUCUCGUAAUAGAAUCACCUGUUGUGAAAGAGCGGAAGGUUGUUGUACAUUCUAAAAGCACCCAAGAGUAUGUGGUUCCUGAAAUAGGACAUACGUCAACAAAUACGGGUGAUGAUGAAUUCUACUCUAUGGAAGAGUUGGAUCAGCUUGAGGACGAAUCUCGUGCUAUGUUUGCUAGGAAGUUUAGCAACAUGAGAUUCAUGAAGAAUCCCUCCUACAAGUUUAAAUCUUAUGGUAGUGAAUUCCAGAAAGGGGAAUCUUCGUCCACAACAUCAAAAGGGGCUUACAAGACUGGGAUGGUUGAUCGAAGAAAGUUUAAAUGCUUCAACUGUGAUGAGCCUGACAGUGAUGAGGAGGAAGAGCGGGGGAAUGUUGCUCUAAUGGCUUUCAUGGAACCUUCUACACCUCCACAUCGCACUGGUGGAUUUCCGGUGGAUCCUACUUGCCCUAAACUACUUAUGCAAUUAGGACUUGAUCGUGAUGAUGCUCUUAAGAAGCUCAAAGCUCUGACUCUUGAACACAAAGCGUUAAAGCUAGAAGUUCAUGAGUUGAAGUUAAAAGAAAAGCUUGUUCUCACUCCUAAAAUUGAACAAUUGACUAGUGAUUUAUUAACUCAGUCAAACAAGGUUAAAGUGUUAGAAUAUAGGGAGAACAAACUGAAUGAGCAACUAGCUGAAGAGAAGGUUAGGUGCCUUGCCUAUAAGGAGUCGACUAAUAUUGUUAAGAACCUAGUGGACCAAAAAGUGAUUAAAAGGAAAGUUGGUAUAGGUUUCUAUUACAACAAGUCUGUAGGUAAGGCUAGUAACAUAACUCCUUUUGUUAAGAGUGCUGAAGACAGGGAGAAUAUUGAGAAUGAGAGGGAGAUUUUGGCAUCUGUAGAGCCAAUGCAAGUUGGGGGCACAUUCAGUUCGUCCAAAGCUGGCAUAGGUGCCAAUGGCUUAAAGAAUAAUUUUAACAAGCCUAAUAAGUUUGUUAAAUGCAGGAAUGGUAACAAUACAUGCUCAUCUACUAAUAACAUUAGAACUUCUGAAAAUGUUAAUGUAGAAACUAUUAAACCCCCUGUUGUUCUGAAUAACAUGCCUACUGUUCCUUUAGUUGAUAUGUGCCAUAGACCUUGUGGUGUUGAUAAUUGCAUGUUGUGUGCGUUUAAUGUAAUGUCUUCUUAUUUCAAAACUGGUCCUUCUCCUAUUAAGAAGGAUACUUAUGUUCCUAAGCCUAAACCUAAAGUGUUCAAGGCUGUUUGUAGGAAAGUAAGUACAGUCAAGGCGGAUGCUGAUGUUAUUCGAACAUGA